UAUUGCAAUGGAUUUUGAGAACGAACCACUACCAACAUUGACUAUUAACAAAGAAUUUGCGAAAAAAUAUGAAGAAAGAAAAAGAGGAGAAGAACUCUCAAAACUUAAAGAAAAAUAUGGCGAUUCGGACUUAAGCGAAGAUGAGGAUGAUUCGUCUUCUGAAGACGAAGAUGAAUAUGGAGAAUUAAUAACUCCCGAAAUUGACUCGCAAAUUAUGAAAACUAUUUCGGCCAUAAGAACAAAAGAUCCUAAAGUUUAUGACUUAAAUUCUAAUUUUUUCGCAGAUGAAGAAAUACAAAAAGCACGUCAAAAUUGGUUAGAUAAGCGAAAAAAGAAAAAAUUAGAAAAACCUGUGCAUUUAAAGGACUAUAGCCGUAAAAUUUUAUUGGAAUCUGGUGGUAUAAUUGAAGAUAAUGAACCAGAAAUAGUUAUUGACUUGACGCCCAUGGAUGAAGAACAAAAGCUUAAGGAAGAAUUUAAAGAAGCGGCUUCGAAAUUUAAUAUUAAUGAUGACGAUGAUUUUUUGGUUCAACGAUCCCAAACCGCUGAAGAAUUAAAAGCUGAGGAAGAAGAUUAUCAAGCAUUCUUGUUAGAAAGUAUGACUGGGAAUAAUAAAGAUUCAGAAUUUAUUAGACAAUGGCAAGAUUACAACAAUGAUCCUGCAGUUAAUAAAGAUGAAGCCUUUUUAAUAGAUUACAUACUUAACCGCGGUUGGAUCGAUAAGAAUGCCACUCGGAUUCCGACAUAUGAAGAACUAAUUUCGGAACAUCACGACAAAGAGGAUGAUGAAUUUGAUGAAGCUGCUGAUAAUUUCGAAAGCCAGCAUAAUUUCCGAUUUGAAGAAGAAGGUGGAACAAAGGUUGCCACGUAUUCACGGAAUGUGGAUGGUUCUGUACGAAGAUCUGAUAAUAACCGUAAAAUUCAACGUCAAAUGCGCUCUGAGCGUAAAAGUGAUGAAAAGAAACGCAAAAUGGAGGAACUUAAAAGGCUUAAAAAUCUCAAAAAAAAAGAAAUUUUUGAUAAAUUACAGAAAAUAAAGGAAAUAACAGGAAACGAAUCUGUUGGGUUUGAUGAAGUAGAUUUGGAAGAAGAAUUUGAUCCUGAAAAAUACGAUGAAAAAAUGAAAAAUGUCUUUGAUGAUAGUUACUAUGAUUUAGAGGUGGAUAUUGAUAAACCAGAAUGGGAAGAAGACAUUGAAGAUAUCGUUGAUAGAUAUAAACAUUCCAAUUCUGAAAUAAUAAAAGAUGAUG